UUUAGCUAACUUCGUUAAAAAAAUACCGAAUGUGAUUAUACUUAUGUAUUUAAUAUUCACCAAGUUAUUUCAAAAUGUUGUCUAAAAAUAAUCGGUGGACAUUGGUCGAAGAAAUUCGGUGGAAUUCUUCUUUAAUGUCUAUGUUUAUCAUCGAAAUUGAUCAAUCAUCGUGACCACGUGCCUCCAAGAAUCAAUCGAUGAACUUAGCGCCAAUCUCCGCGAAACGCCAACUUCAGCGAUUUUCCUCUCAGCACGGUACGAGCGUCAAGUCGAGCGUGGCGACCCUCAAAGUACACCCACACCCACACGGUAGCGAGAAGAUGAACGAUUAGGACUAAUUGAUGAUCCGUUCAAGACAUUGUCGUGGGAAGGUUCGGUCCCAGGACAUCAUGAAGCAACGAGUUUUACUCGCCUUUGCCAAUCUUAUUACUUCUUUCGCUUCUUUUCUAGUAACGACAGGUGCAAAAACAUCAACGAGGCAUAGAACACAAAGUAACAAUCAUAGCAACAUCAGUGAAUUACUCGAUAAUCUUCUUCGUGGUUACGAUAACAGCGUGAGACCAGAUUUUGGUGGGCCACCAGCUACGGUCGAAGUUGACAUCAUGGUCCGUAGUAUGGGUCCUAUCUCUGAGGUCGAUAUGACGUACUCGAUGGAUUGCUAUUUUCGACAGUCAUGGGUAGAUAGACGUUUAGCAUUUCAAGGUGGGAAGGAAACACUCGCUCUCAGCAUAUCGAUGCUGGCAAGGAUUUGGAAGCCCGACACGUACUUUUAUAAUGGCAAACAGAGCUACCUUCACACCAUCACCAGCCCAAAUAAGUUCGUCAGACUUUAUCAGGACGGAAGAGUACUCUACAGUUCGCGACUCACGAUCAAAGCUGGAUGUCCGAUGAACCUCGAAGACUUUCCCAUGGAUACACAAAGAUGUCCCUUGAAAUUUGGUAGUUUUGGAUACACGACUCGCGACGUCAUCUACAAAUGGAACAGCGCGAGACAAGUCGCCAUAGCAGAGGACAUGAAGCUUUCCCAAUUCGAUUUAGUCGCAAAUCCUACUGCGAAUCACUCUACGACUCCACCCUUGUCUCAUGCGGAAUACUCGAUGCUUUUGGUAUCUUUCCACCUGCAGAGACACAUGGGUAACUUUUUAAUACAAGUUUAUGGUCCUUGCAUUCUUCUGGUAGUACUCUCUUGGGUCUCCUUUUGGUUGAACAGAGAAGCUACCGCUGAUCGAGUGUCCCUUGGUAUCACGACUGUGCUGACGAUGACCUUUUUAGGAUUGGAAGCUAGAACGGAUUUACCAAAAGUACCCUAUCCCACUGCCUUGGAUUUUUUCGUCUUUCUUUCCUUCGCCUUCAUCUUUGCCACGAUCAUUCAAUUCGCUGUAGUACACUAUUUCACUAAAUAUGGAUCGGGCGAGUGUUAUUUCAGUUCUGAUCUAAGCGACACCGAAAGCAGUUCCAGCGAAAACGAGGAAAUCUCGCGAUCACCGUCCAAGCGCGAAACGAGUCGCCGAAAGAAUUCUGGUAAUUCGAUUCCCGGAAGUAGUCGAAAUUUCACGGUGAACGGUGAUGGUUUCAUCGAGGUGAUACCUUUGUCUGCCAUUCCUGAUCGGGAACGCAGUAUCGGUCAUUGGCAAUUACCCUGCGUUUCUUGUUCUCCAUCAGUGAGCCAUCCUCGUCGAGGGAAUCCUCAUCAAACGAUUCCAACUGUGACACCGAUUUCACAACCUCAGCAUCAGCCUCAACCUCAGAUUCAGUCUCAGUCUCAACCCCAGCCUCAGUCUCAGCCUCAGCCUCAGCCUCAGCCUCAGCCUCAGCCUCAGUCUCAGCAUCAGCCUAAACCUCAAUCUCAGUCACAAGCACAAUCAGAGCUUACAAAAUCUCCUUCGCCCCAAAGAAUCGAUUCUCCGAGCAAAAGAAUUGCACCGAGAAAAAGACGAAGACGGACGCCGAGAUAUAACUCGGUUUCAAAGAUCGAUCGUGCCAGUCGCGUCGUCUUUCCUCUCUUUUUUCUUGCAAUAAAUCUCUUCUACUGGUACGCUUAUCUCUCUAGAAGCGAGCGUAUCAAUUAUUAUAAUUCGAAUCCCAACGGCGCGUGAUAAGAAGAGAAGGAGCGUACAUUCGCUCUAAUUUUCAAUUGCUAUCGAUCUCACAAAAGAUAUGUAAGAGAGAAUCGAAUAGUAGAAUCUCUUGGAAAAACGAUAACGUUUUAGAAUCAAAUGCUUUACCGAAAAGUGUUCCUCUUACGAAUAUUUAUAUGUAAAUACGCAUAAUCCGUAUAUGUGAGUUAUAAAUCCUAGUUGCACGUUCUCCUUCUUUUGUUCAAUACAAGAGCUAAUCGGAGCACCUGAGCUUUUUGACCUCGAUAUCGUCUAAUCGUUGUCUCAAGUAUUCCGUUUGAAAAUAAAUGAUUGUAUAUAUACA